CUGGCCUCCGGACUUGCCAAGACUGCUCUGAAUGGACCUGCAAAGGAAAUCUCUUGGACAAGCUCGCUGUUCUCACCACGGGUUACUAUGGCUCCCGUCCCGAAAAGCCUAUUGGGAAGUGCAGUCAUGGCGGGAGGUUUGAUGAGAGCCGCCAUCAAGAACCUCGAGGCGGCAUCAAUAAGGACAGCGCCUCCAAGUUCUUCUCACCUCACCAUUACCUGCACCAGAAGGCAGCUAGGCUGGCCCAGGAGGCCUCCGUACACUUCCUGGAGAAGAUGUGGCGAGAAAUAGGGGACAGGCAAUUUAUGAGGUGACUCUCUUUCGCUACCACAAAGGAAACAUCCUGAGACCUAAAGGGACUCAACGGAGGACAAAGAAGCAGGCUCCCCAAUUGGCAAACCACCAGUUCUGGAUUGACAGUUUAGUGGACCACGUGGUGGUGACCAUCCAAGGCUCCGUGGAGUUCUUUGAAAUAAGGGACCCUACAGAUAGAUUCCAAACUGGUACGACAAUUCACGGUCCCUUAGCCAAGAUCGAGCACAUUGGUGGAAUUUAUAGAGCAUUCCUUUCUGUUCCUGUCCAUCCUGGUGAAUGGACUUUGAAACUUUGGCCCAAGGGGCAUUAUUUGGUGCACAUUCAAGGUCGGAGCACCCUCGAUUUCUUGUAUUAUUUUGCUGUUCCUGUUGAUGGACGUCACCCAGGGUUAUUCAUGCUGGAUAGUCCUCCUGUUGAAGGUUUGCCUAUCUACCUGGUUGUCAUGGCAAUUGGUCUGAACCAGACCAAGUCGGGCUCUGUUCAGCUACAGUCGGUGAACUUAGAAGCAAGAACAGGCAGCCUUGGGGAGUUAAAACUACAGAGAAGAGACGGUCGGAUGGACCUGUUUGUGGCCAAGCUGCCUCCGACUCUAUUAACCACCAACAGCUUUUCCAUCGUGGUACAUGGAAUGGACGGUGAGGGCCAGAAGUUGGAGAGAUCUGCUCCUCAAGUUGCAACUGUCACAGGAUCCCUCCUAGAGGUAAGGUGAAAGUUAGAGGUGGAAGAUUUGGGGUGCCUACCUGUAUUUUACAGCUGUAUUUUACAGGUUUCUCCUUUCUCCUGCCGUUGUUGUAUUAUAGGCAUUCUGUUCCUUGGAAGUUAACAUUUUUGAUAGGUGUGUGUGUAGAUGUAUAGCCCUUGACGUAGGACUUAAAGAAGUUAUGAUGGACACCCCCUCCCAAAGGAGUUCAGAGUUCCAAUGGCCAUGCUCCCCAGUGGUUACAUGACUGCAUUUUGGGUGCCCACACUUAUGGCCAUGUGCAGCAUCCCGAAUUACUUGACUGGAAUUUAUGACGUUUUUGCCAGAAACUGGUGUUUACUUCCAGUUUCCAGCAAAAAAUGCCCCAUAGCUAACAAUGGAAUAAUAUUACAACUGAAGUGUUUGCUUAAUGAUUGUUACAAAAAAGUUGUAAAAUCGGGUAUGGUCAUUUGAUGCCCCGCUUAAAAAUUGUCUUGAUUUACAACCAUAAUUGCAGGCUCAAUUAAGGGCAUAAAUCAAGGAAUGCACAAACACACACACACAAACACACACACGUUUUCUAUCGCAUGUGACUAUGUAUGAAUAAUUUUCUUGUAGCAAAUCUGUGGUACCCAAACCCGACAGAAUGGAGACAGAGUUGAAGAACUAAAUUAAGUCAGUCCUUUAGAAGAGGGACGCGGUGACUUAGUGGCUAAGAUGCUGAGCUUGUCGAUCAGAAAGGUCAGCCGUUUGGCGGUUCGAAUCCCUAGUGCCACGUAA